AUGCAUUUCGGACGAAGUGCCAACAUGGCGGCUCAAGUUCAAGCUGGGUAUUCGUCGUAUUCCAAUGAGAUAAAGGAGAAGCUAAGUCUAUGGGAUGUGAAGGAUUCUCCUCUUGCACCAUUGUCAGAAAAGCAAAGAAAUAGUGUACUCGAACUUACUACAGUAGCAGGAAAUCGUCCUCUUUUAGACGAGGUGAGCUCAAAAAAUUGUAUAUUUGGAUCAGCUGUUUUGAAGCAAAACAGUUAGAUUCAUCAGCUGAGGACAUAAAUUCUUAUAGAAUAUCAGAGGCAGACAAUGAGUGCUGCGUACCUGAUGAAAUGCAUAUUUCGUAAUUAUUUCACAGAAAUAUUUCCUCGCGUUGCUUCCUCGUUUUGCUUAGUUUUUGUAAUAUGGUUUUGCAUACCCAAUUGUUUAUCUACUAAAGUGGAUUUGAUUGCUAAACAGAAUGCUUGUGAUGUGAGAUCAUGGAACAGGAGAUCAAUGCAUUUUUCUUCAUCUUAAUGACAGGGCACAUAGUCCCACUCACUUUAAAGUAAAGCAUAUUUCUUUAUUAUUCUCUGUUAAUCAAUCAAAGUUACCUGAUGACGACUGCACUAGUUUACCUGCAAAGAGGACCUUGAGUGAAACCAGUAAAGAAGCUGCUGUGGACAUGGCAACAGUUGAUUUGGGAUCAGAAAAAAUAGAAAAUGCUCAGCAGGUUGGGUUUUCAUCUCUGUUGUUAAUCCUUUAGCUUCAACUCCUGUGAGUGACCAAGACAGAAUUUCUCCUUACAAUAUCAAUAGAAUAUCAAACAGAUAAGUGGUGAGCAUAAGGAAAGAUGUCAAUUAGGGGAUUAGAGAAAUCCAACCCACUCUCUUCAAAUCAGUUAGGAACAUUCAUGACAUUAACAUCAAAAAUAAACCAAACAGAAGGACCUAACUUUACCAACAGUCCUUCUCAGGACUAUGCUUACCAACAAUCAGGCUACAAUAAGCUGUUUUCAAAAUCUGGGUCAGUCCAGUGUGGUGUGUGAGAUGUCAAUCAUUCUAAUUUAUUUCAAACAAGUUUGAAUGUUGUUUAAGGUAUAAAGAUGACCAUCAGAAUUAAAUCACUCUUUUGACUUAUCUUGAAAGUAGUGUUGAUUUCUGUGCUGUUUACAAAGCCUAGUUGUGCUAUGAUGUUAUUGGGUAAGUUUUAAACUAAAUUUUUUUCAUCAACAGUUUUUUGCUUGGUUUGCAAAUGUUGAAGCACAAAUGGAGGAGGAGCAGGAAUCAUCUUACAGGUAACGGAAAAUUAGUGGGUAUUGUUCUGUGACCCAAAAAAAAUGUUGAAUUGACUAUGUAAAGGAUAGGUUAACAUGGGUUUUAUUCCCAAAUGUAACAGAUAGUUUUAUCAUAAUGACUGUAUAAUUUUAAAUUGUUAUUCGUAACUUUUUAUAUACGUAGAUAUAUGCAUUUAAUAACAUUUCUGAUAUUUUUUUAUAUAAUAGAAUAGUUUGUAAAUACAGUUAGUAUUAAUUGUAAGAUUUUAUGUGUUAAACAGGGCAUCCCUUGAAAACAGUUAUGUCAAAUGACUGAAGGAUUUACCCUGCUUUAUAAUAAAUAAAGGUUUACUACUACCACUAGUAAUUUUGCUUUAUAAUAUUGAUUUCAUGCGAAGGAUACAGGUGAUUAGAACCAGACAAUACUGCAUGACUAAGCAACAAAUCCUCUGAAGUGACUUUUAAAGAAAUGUAUGGCAGACAGUCAUGAGAAUUAAUUCUUAGAUCUUGGAAGUAAAAGAUCUUUGUAACACCUGGUAUAUGGAUAAUUUAUUCCUCAGAUCCUAUGCAGCACAGUUGCGUUCUUAUCGUGAUCAUUGUGACAGUAUUCUGAGUGAAGUGGAGUCAGCUUUGAAUCAUCUGCAGGAUCUACAGCAGAAGCACUUAUUGGUAUCCACAAAAACUGGGGCUCUUCAUGAAGCUUGUGAACAGCUUCUUCAGGAUCAGGUCAGAGAGAUAGAUUUAAACAUUUGAGUUGCAUUUAAACUCUCUUCAUUGGAGACCUUACCUUCCUUUAACCCUUUAACUCCCAGAUCAAAUUUGUAAUUCUCCUUACUGUCAACCAUACAAUUAUUAUAAUUGUUUGUUCAGAGACUUUAGUAUUGAAUCAACUUAUUAUCUCAAAAUUGAUAUUUUUCUUUGUUCUCACCACUUAUCUGGUUGAUAUUGUAUUAAUACUGUAAGGAGAAAUUCUGUCUUGGUCACUUAUGGGAGUUAAUGGGUUAAACAUUAUUGAUUUCAAAAUAAUGCAGAAAUUAGUGGUGUUGAGGUAACAGAUAUAGCAGAACCAAAACAUUGUGACUGCAGUUGGGCGUUGAAAAUUUGUUCCUUGUAGCAGUUGAUCAAGGUCAACAAGGUUACAAGAUAACAAAAUGAUUAAACCAUGGGAGUGUUUUAAUGGUCGCUUACAUCUAUUGAAUUAUCUGCAGCAGCUUUGAAGUUUCAAAUGUUAACCCUGUAACUCCCAUAAGUGACUAAUAUACAGGGAAGUGAGUUACAGCUAGAGGGGAGAAUUAAUAAUCAGAUCUUGGCGGUGAAGGGGUUAAGAACCUUUUUUUCCACAUUAAUAGUUCAUCUAUUUAUUUUCACAUGGCAACCUUUCAGACAAAGUUGAUGAACAUGGCCGAAAGCAUCAGCAACAAGUUGUCUUACUUCAAUGCUUUAGAUCAUCUUAGACACGUGAGUAACCAGACCAUUGUUAUGUUAGAAAAAAAAAAUUUGUCAGAGCCUUCGCUAAUAAAUUGUACAUUUGUCAUUUUGGUGUACAAUCAAACCUGUGUUAUGACGCGUCAUAUGAAGCAGUCACCCCAUUUUGAGCAGUCAGAUGUCAUUGAAGUCCUGAAUUUGUUUUCCCUUAAUCACUGUAAUUUUCUCCUCUUAGGCCACUCUUUGUAAGUCCCAGUGGCCUGUUUUCAUUUUUCCUCCAAAUGUAUCAAUCAGUUUCUGGAAGCAAGACCACUCAAAUAAAUCUAAGAAUAAUCUUUUGAGUAAUUUUUAUUCCAUGUUUCUCUCCCAAAACCAAAUUAUCUAAUAUUAUUGAGCAAGAUUCUGUGCACUGAGUGGUCAAUUGUGACAUAAAGUAGCAUUGUUUAUCAUUUUUUAUAAUACCCCUAAUCUGAGGAACCUGUAUUAAGCAGUGGACCUGUGAUUCCCUGAUGGUGACGGCUUAAUACAGGUUCAACUGUACUUUAAUGUAGAAUCAUUACGGACUAGAAUUAUUGGUAAUUCAACUUGGUUUGUUUUCAGAAACUCAACUCAUCCACGCUCUCUGUGACAAGCGAGUCCUUUGUUCCAAUGUUGGCAAGACUUGAUGAGUGUAUUUCAUUUAUAUCAAGCAAUGUAAGUUUUCUGUCCUUAACCCUUCAACUCCCAUGAGUGAAUGAGACAGAAUUUCUCUUUAUGAUGUUAAUACGAUAUGUAGUGGAAAAGUGAUGAGAAUAAAGAACAAUAUCAAUAAGGGGAUUUUUAAUUGAUCAUCCAGCAAAUUCUCUUAACUAAAAUUAUAAUAAUUGGAUGGCAGAAAGUAAGGAGAAUUACCAAUGAGAUCUUUGGAGUGGAAGGUUUAAAUCUUUUGUUUAUAAAUUCAUUUUAAAAAGUUAUUUUUAAUGAUCUUCAAACUUGGCUGAGCAAGGUUGUUGUUGGGGGAGGGAAUACUAAGGUGUUUGUUCCUCCUUUUUUUCAAUAAAUAUAAUCAUUAUGAGAAAGCUUGGUAUGCUGCUGAAUGCCAGUAGUUGAAGGAUAUAAGUUCAGAUCCAUCCCCACCCCCCAUAACUGUAUACUACAAAGCUUGAGGCUCCAUUAAGUGUAUAAAGUCCACAUUUCAUAGGGUAUUGGACAAAGAAUACAUGUAUAUCCGAGGUCCUGGAGGAACACCUGUCAAAUGCUCUGCAAAUUAGUGUCAGAGGUCUUAUGGGGCUAUAUACCAGCCAUGUUCUUAUGCACCAUGCCUCUUGCACGCUGCUGAAUUCAGUUGCAAUGCGGUAGCUGCAAAACUAGAGGAUUACAUAUGAAUAUAUUUUUUUGUCCUUGUAGCCUCAGUUCAAAGAAUCCCAAGUGUAUCUUGUCAGAUUCAAACAGUGCUUGAACCAGGCCCUCAAUCAAGUGAAAAUGCAUGUUGUGAAUUUGCUGAAAAAUGCCACAGCACAGGUGUUGGCAAAUAAGGUAGGUUGAUGGAAAAUGGUUAAAAAAAGUGUCCUUUUUUAGACAAAAGUGUCCAAUUUUGGAUACUUAUGUGGGAUUUUGGACACGAGUUUCCAUUUCAAAAACAACUGGUAGUGUUCUAUUUCAGAUGCUAGCAUCUAAUUUUAGACACUGGUGUCUGAUUUUGGACACUAGUGCCCAAUUUUAGAUUAUAGUGUCUGAUUUUAGAGACAAAAGUCUGCUUUUGGAAAGAAUGUUAGACACAUCCAAUUUAGACAACAUCAUUUGAUUUUAGGAAGAAGUAUUAGUUUUAGAUAGAAAUGUGCCAUUUUGGACACUAGUGUUCAAAGACCAUUAUGGGAACAAAUUUAGUUUUUGUUCUUAAUUAUGCUUAUCUGUCAAGUUGAUUAUUCAUUGUAGUUAAUGUUGGUUGAAGAUAUGUCAGGUCCAAAGGAAGAUUUGGUUUGACACAUGUCCUGUUUAGGAAGAAAACUUAUUUCCAGUGCUGCAGUUGAAUAUUUUUGAGGGUAUGAUGAUUUUGAAAGGAAACUUGUUUUCUUAUUUUGUCAUUGGCUAUUUCAGGAAGGUGGAAAUUCUUCUGAAAGUUCCUUCGCUUUAUUUUAUGGGAAAUUCAGGACUUGUGCUCCAAGAGUGAAGGUCAGUCACUGUAUUUAACUUUAUUUUUAUUGUUGGAAGGGAGAUACAGUUAACCUUUUCAUUCCCAAUAUCUCUUUGGUAAUUCUUCUUACUGUCUGCCAUAAAUUGAUUAUAAUUUUGGUUCUAAGAAUUUGGUAUUGGAUCAAAUGAUAAUCGCCUAAUUGAUAUUUUUCUCAAUUUUCAUUAUUAGUCUGCUUGAAAUUGUAUUAAUACUGCAAAACAAAAGUAUGUCUUGGUCUCUGCUGGGAGUGAUUUUUUUGUUGUUGUUGUUUGAAAGGGUUAACUGCUUGUCAGUGAAGGCCAGUUAAUUUUUGAUUCACUCCAUUUACUAAUAAUUCAUUUUAUUCUUUUCUUUAACAGAGUUUAAUGGAACAGAUUGAACAGAGAAGUCACUUAAGUUCUGAGUAAGUAUUACUUACCGACAAUUACUGUAGUAACAGUGAAAAGCAGUUUUUUAAGGCUUUUUUUUAUAUGUGAGAGGUACAAUUUUUUGUUUCUUGAUGUUUCAGGUACAGUUCACUUUUAAGUGACUGCCAGCAGUGCUAUCUCUCUCAGCGUUCUCAACUCCUGACCCCAUGUGUUAGUGAUGCUAUUGAUAAACUGGCCAAGCAGUAUGAAAGAAAUCCUUGUUCUCUAGUAAGUUUAUGCACAGAAAUGCAAAAUAAGGUUUCUAAACUGCUUUGUGGUGUUGAUUGUGUCAUUUGACACUGAAAGCAUAGCUAGAAAAGUUUUCAUCUGAAUGGUUGAAACAGAAGAAUUUACCCACUUAAAAGUGAGAAACACCCUGUAACAGUACUACACCCUAGCAUUAGUAUGCAAGUUCUCCUUACUCUUAUAUUAACUGUGGUACAUACAGGGAGAAUUUGUCUAACAAUCAAGAGCUUCUGGAGGUUGUGAUCAGUUUCUUUAUUCUCAUGACCUUAAUGUUUAUUCAGGGAUGAUAGUUAGGAGAAAUUUAGAUGCAAGUCACUAUUAGAGAUCAAAUGUUUAAUUGUUUAACUCCCAGAAGUGAUCAACAUGAAACUUCUCCCCAUGAUAUUCUUAUAUCACCCAGCAAACAGGUAAUGAGAAUAUUCAAACUUAUCAUUUAGAACUUGUUAUCUUGAUCUCAUGCCAAAUUCUCAUGACUAAAUUACAAGGAAAUGUUCAGCAGGUAGAGGGGAGAAUUAACAAUCAGAUCCUGGGAGUUAAAGGGUUAAGUCAGGCCAAUCAUAACCAACCUUAGAAUCACAUUUGUUUAACCUUGGCAUAGUAGAAUUUUUAGGGAAAUAAAAAAAAGUUAAACAUAAAUCUCUUUCUGUAGGUUCGUGCUGGUUGUUCAGUGUUGAUUCGCGUCUGUCAGGAUGAAUACCAGUUAUACUAUCACUUCUUCUCUAAGCCAAGUUCAGGUCUUGAGUAAGUGAAAUAUUUUAUCACUUUUAAUCUUUUUACCUUUGUGAAAGUUUGUUUACUCUGGCUUGUGAGAAUGUGGCCUUUCGUAAAAGUCAAGUUGUGAGAGUCAAGUUCUUGAUGUCAGGAUGAAUACCAGUUAUACUAUGUAUACAAUGGAGAAUGAAGUUUAAAAAUGUUAGCAACAAACACAAAGGGCUUGCAAAGCUGACAGAAUAGAUUUAGAGGGAAUGAUUCUGAGUGGUUUCUUGUUAAUGUUUCAAAAUGAAAUUUCUCUUUGCUCUGUAGCUCCUUGUUAGAAAUUUUGUGCAGUACCUUAUAUGAUUCGCUGAGACCUGUAAUAAUCCACAUGACUCACAUGGAGACACUCACUGAACUCUGCACAAUAUUAAAGGUAAAUUUAUUUUGUCAUAAUUAUGAUCACUGUUGUCAUUAUUGUAGAUUGUAUGUGGACUUAGUAAAUUAAUUAAAAGCUUUCUAUCCAUUUCCAAGCAGUGCUCUCCUUUUAAGCAGUAGUUGGUAAAAUUUGCCAUUUGUCUUACAUCUUAAAAUUGCUUGGAAUUCUAGAAAAUCAAUAGUUUCAAGGAUUGCUCUAUUGGUUUAAAAAUUUCAUAUACCUCUUGUGUGUAAGAUAAGGGAGAACACUGUCGAGUGAUAGAAAAUGACUUAUAUUGGAAGUGGGUAAGGCCACCAAAUUUUAUUAAUUUCUAUACCUAAAAUAUUAUAUGAAAAAAUGUGAUCCUAAAGAUUGCACCUUAUGCUCUGAUAAGUAUAGGUAAUAACAUGAUUUCGAGUGCAAUUUGGUGUCAAUAAGCACAAGUAAAUUUUUUUAAGACAACAUAAUUGCAUGAGCCCAUGGGGCAAAUGCCAUUUGUAGUCUUUGGAAAAAAUGCUUAUUAUGGCAAAGUGCAUUCAACACCAUGUUAGCGUUCAACAGGAGCGUUUUCGUAUAAACUUUUGGCGAUGUCAACGUAUCAAACUCUCAAAAAUGGCUUACCUCUUCCCGAGUUGAAAAAGAGAAGGAAAAAAAAGGGUGAGCGAAAAAAAAGACAUUUGUUAAAAAAAGAGCUGUACCAACCGUCCGACUGUGAGUCCAAUGCCUAACCGACUGUGCUACGAGAACAUUCGAUUACACGUCAUAAAUUUUAUCCUUAAAUAAACCGGUGGCACUCCUUCGCGUAAGCGUUCGACAGAAGCGUUUUCGUAUAAACUUUUGGCUAUGUCAACGUAUCUUUGGUUUUGUCUUCAAUUCUGCCGUAGCAUGAGUUUGUUCAAGGAUAUUUUACGUUUGCUAAACGGUGUUUUAAACUCAAAACAAAAAACAUGCUCUUUCUUUAAGCUGAUUAUGAAUAUGCAAGUUCUCGGGGGCUGUAUUGUUUUGAUGAAACAAAAGGCUUCUUUUGUUUCGGCUUCAUUCAAUGAAAGCCACUACGAAAUUCAAGGUUUUUUGCAUACGUUAUUUCUCGAAAACGAAGCGCAAACCAGUGAAAAAAAAACCAAAACAGUGUAUAUCGAGUAAAACUAAGUCCACAUGCCAAAAUUCAACUACUUCUGAACACUUUAAAAAAUGGCCGAAAAAUCAAGGGGUCGUUCUUGCUCUGAGCCUUUCAUUUGUUAAUAAUGUAAAUGAAAAAACAUCAUAGAGAGUCAAGACAGACAAAAUUUUGAAAGCAUCUGCGCCCUAUUUGUAAUUUGCACUGGUGUUACAACUUUGCACCUUGUUACAUGAGAAUGCACUAAUUUUCAGCCAAUCAGAAGUGCAUAACUUUUCCAUGUACAUUAUUAGGGGUAUUAUAAUAAUUGUUCUUUUUUGGUCCUCUUUAGGUGGAAAUGAUUGAGGAUUAUGUGCAGCAAAAAGGUAUAAUUGUUAAAUUUUACUAGUUAGCAAAACAUUUUGAAUUUGUUAUUUUAAUGUAUAGAUGACGCAGAGCCAAGAAUUUUUUCCUUCCUUUUAUGUUAAACAAUUUGAGAGAAUGUAGGGGUUGGUUGAAAUCUAAAAUUACUCUUCUUUUUCAGGUGAAGAACUAGCCGCUUUUGAAGUUGUUGUUCUACAGAUGUUAGAGGAUGUACAAGAACGGCUGGUUUACCGGGCACAGGUAACAGCUACUGAUACGAACAACUAAUUUGGAUAUCACUGGAGCUUAUCUUAGGAAGACAAGUGUCAUUUCACUAUGUGACAAACAUUUUCCUAUUUGACCCCAAUUUUCUCUUUUUUGGCAGGCGUACAUUGAGAGUGACAUCCAGAAAUAUUCCCCAGCACCUGGUGAUCUAGCUUAUCCAGAAAAACUUAUUAUUGGGGUUGGUAAACACUACUGUAAGAUUGAAACUGUAGGGUACCAAACCCUUUAACUCCUAAGAUCUCAUUAGUAAUUCUCCUUACUAUCUGUCAUAUAGUUCUUAAAAUGUUAGUUUAAAGAAUUGGGUAUUGGAUCAACUAAUAAUCCCUCAAUUAAUGUUUUCCUUUAUUCCCAUCACUUGUCUGCUUGAUAUUUUAUUGAUAUUGUAAGGAGAAAUUCUGUCUUGGUCACUCAUGGGAGUUAAAGGGUUAACCUUUUGACUCCUACAUAUGCACAAGACAGAAUUUUGCCUUUUAAUAUCAAUAAAAUAUCAAGCAGACAAUUAGGGAAUUACUAGUUGAUUCAAUGCUAAAUUCCUUGAGCUAACAUCAUAAGAAUUGUUUGGCUGACAGUAAGGAGAAUUAAUAAUGAGAUCUUGGGAGUGAAAGGGAUGAAAAACUAUCAGAGACACCUAAUGAACUUGUGAGAGGUUGACCAGGGUAGACUGGCUUCCCAUAUAACAGGAGUUAAACUUCUUUCAGCCAACUUUGUGUUAUCUGAAGACUUUCAUUCUACAUUCAACUUUCAGGCAGGGGAUAAUGACAAAGAGGAAAAACAAUCUGGAGAAGAAGAGAAGAAGUCUGUUGGUUAGUUAUGAUCAAAAGCAUUACCAUACUCAAACUCAUCUGUCUGACAUUUUUUCACCUGUUAUGUAUCUUUUUUCUUUCUAGAGUUACCAGGAGCGUUAGCGGACCUUCAGGGUAUGUGGUACCCCACAGUCCGACGCACACUGGUGUGUCUCUCAAAACUCUAUCGGUGCAUCUCGGUGAGGAUUAUUACCUUCUCUGGGUUGUAUUUGAUUUUCUGUUCUGUGAUUUCAUCUAGUUCAUAUCUUAUUGAUUUGAAAGUUUAUGUUUGAUUUCACCUUUUACAUUUUAGAAAGAAACAUUUGAAGGCCUUUCUCAGGAGGCUUUGUCCCUCUGCAUCCAGUCCCUUAAAACAGCAAGCUCUCUUAUUGCUCAGAGAAAGGUACAGAUACAAACUGACAGAUUUAGGUGACUGCCAAGUGUUGACUCAGUUAUGUAUGAGAUCCCUUUGGAGACUGAAGGAGAAGUAGAUGCUGCUUCAAAAAUCAUGUAGCUCUUUCUUCCAUGCAUCCUUUUAAUUUGCUGCCCUCCCUGUCUUUGAUGCCUAACCAUUUUCUCCCUGUGAGUGAUAAGCAUCUAAAUUUUCCCAACUGUAUCACCCUUAAAUCAAACAUUAAGGUCAUGAGAAUGAAGGGAAUGAUUGCGACCUCAAUAAGCUCUUGAUUGUUAGACAAAUUCUCCUUGCAAGUUCCAUCAUUAGGAAAUGUAUGGAAAACAGUAUGAGAACUUGUAUACUGCAUGUAAGGUUGUAAAGGGCUAUUAUAUAGCAUUUGGUUUUUAUACUCAACAUUUGUAUAAGUCUGGUGUUUUCUUCCAGGAUUCUAUAAAUGGUCAUCUGUUCCUCAUAAAACAUCUGCUGAUCCUCAGAGAGCAGAUUGCCCCUUUUGAUGUUGAUUUUGCUGUCAAGGAAAUGUCACUGGACUUCAGUAAAAUGCGGACUGCAGCAUAUGGUUUGUGGAGUCACAGCAACAGGCUGUUUGCUCUCAGUGGCAACAAUGCAUUGCUGGAAUUUUUGUUAGAUGUAAGUUUGUUAGAUAUUAAGGAGAGAGAUGCACUCAUUUCUUGACAGUAUGCCCUUGUCCUGAUGUGUUUAUAAUAGGAAUCUUUAAAAGCAGUGCUCAAUACUCACUGUACCUUAUGGUAAUUCUGUUUCAGGGAGCGCCUCAGUUAACAGAAAACUAUCUGGAUUCAAAGAAGGUAAGGAAAGCUAAAUAUUUGGACAAACUUAGCUUUGAUCUAAAUCUAAAUUGUCCAUAUGUACAGAGUCAUCCUAGGGAGCUUUUGAGUUCUCUUUGCUUCUUUUACUGUUUUUCUCUUACUCAAUCUUAAAGCAACACACAUCAAAAAUUGCUGAUACUAGUAUUUUGCAGGAUGUGUGUUAAGGUCUAUUAUGACCUGGCGUACAAAUGAGUUCUCUACAGCUCAGCUGGUUGGGAAUCUGAAUAUUAAAUUGAAACUAGCUGCAGUUCAAUUCCUUGUAGGAAAUUAAUUACUUUUUUGGCCCCACUAAUACAACAAGUGUAGAGGAUCUCUCUUUAUAGAGUUGUGAUAAUAUUACACUCUAGCUUUGUGGCUAUUUCCAUUUCAUAACUCAGCACUUUUGUUUUGUUAUCAACUGAAGGAUGUUGAUGUUGAACUCAGGAUUGUGUGUGAGCAGUUUAUUCAAAAUGUAUCAGAGUCUCUCAUCUCUCCUCUGUCAGCGUUCUUGACCAAGGUAAGUUGAAUCUUGAUGCCAAUUAAUUUUUUGAUGGAUUGAGUGAUCUGUCUGUCUUAGUUUUUGGUUGUGGAUGGUUUGGUACUCAAACUAAACAGGUGGCAAAUAACUUCAUUAUUAACCCUGUCACUUCAAUGAGUGACCAAGACAGAACUUCUCCUUAUGAUACCAAUAUAAUAUCAAACAAACCAGUGAUGAGAAUAAAGAAAAAUAUCAACUAGGGGAUUAUUAGUUGAUCAGAUACCAAAUUCUCUAAGAUAACAUCAUGAGAAUUGUAUGAUAAACAGUAGGGGGAAUUACUAAAUAAAAGAGGUCUUGGGGGUGAAAAGGGUUAAAAAAAGAUAGUUUUUUCGUGUAACUAGUACACUCUUAGUUACUCAAAGAUGUCAAGCGCACAUGAGAAAAACAAAGGAAUAUGAAUUUUCUCAAAUUUUUCUUGCAGGUAACAGUGAUUAAGAAUCUUGCCCAAGAGGAAGGAAAAGAUACUAAAGCAUUCCUCAAGCAACAACCUUUUGCAAAACCAGGUGAUAAAAAAUAUUUCUUACUUUAAUAGUUUGGGUAGUUACAUGAAAAGCUUUAUAACCUCUAGCACUUUUUUAAGUCAUGAAUAGAGUUAUGCGUUGUACUUUAAAUUUUCUUAAUUUUGUUUUUCAGAGAAUGUUCGCAAAGUUGUUAGUGAGACUUACAUGUUACUGAAGUCCAAGCUCACAAGCACUCUACAAAGCAUGGCUUUGUUUUUGGCAAACAAAGACACAGAGUACAUUCUCUUUAAACCUGUCAAGGUAAUGAUCAACAGUAAUUUCUUUUCCUGAUAUAAAUACAAAACCUAACAUUCCAAUGGCAAAAACACGUGUAUAGCAAAUAAUUACUGAGGGUAUCCAUUUAUAACAAGGACCUGGGACCAAACUGUGGCAUAAAAGAUGGAACUUUUGCUUUUAAUACUGAGUAUUAAAAGACCAUUUGGGGCAGUGUCACAGUUUAAAUAUCACUAACUUUGGGAUGUUAUAUUUUCAUGAGUUUGCUCUUGGAAUUGUAAAUAUAGUUCUAACUAAAACAUGCUCUUCAAAAAUGAAAAAAAACUGUUGAUAUCGCAGUACUUGGUAAGAGCCUGCCACUGAAAGUAACAAGGCUGGAUUUACAAAAAAGAAUUCACUCUUUUACAUUGAGAUUAGAAUACUCAAUGGAAUUCUAUAACAUUACAGGCUAAGGUUCAAGAAUAUUACAAACAAAUGAAUGACUUGGUGAUGGAAACCUACUCUGAAGAAGAUCAACAGAUCAUUGGAUGUCCAUCAAUUCAGCAGGUUUGUUAAGUUUACAUGCACAGUAACAAUAAUGGCAUUGUUGACCAAGGUGCAUUUGCUGUUGCUCUGGAAGGUAAUGGGUGAUAGUGCUUGUGAUUUUUUUUAUUAAAAGUUGUAAUCUGUUUGUGUCACAAGCAUGGGACAAAGGAAAAAUCUGAGUCACCCAUUUGUUAUAGUUUGUUUUCUGUUGUGAAACUGUCAGGGCUAACUUCUGGAUACAGUCAAAACUGUCACCAAUGGCAACUUCCUCACAACAGCCACUUUUUCCUUUUUGGGAGAGUCAUUCAGUCUUUUUAUUUAAUCUAUCUACAACAACAACCUCUUCACAAGGAUCAUGGCCAACAGGCUAUUCCCAUCUUUGAACCUGAGACGUUACAGGUCUCAUAUAACACUUCCACAUUCCCCUGUUGGUCACUUCUGUUUGACCACUGUGGCAAGGUUGGACUUCACUUAUUGUUAUUCAGUGGUAAAAUGGGAUGAGGGUUCUGGUGUUAGUAAAAACUUUGUUCUUACUUCUCAGGUUUCUCUUCUACUAGCAGUAUCAUGAAAAAUGCUGAGUGGAUAAAGCACCCACAGAUCAAAAAUAACUGUUUGAAAACUCCAGCUGGUUCAUUAAAUAUGAAAAUUUGAUGAGGAAUACUGCCUUAGCAAGUUGUUAAACCAGAUUGAAAAAUUAGAUAUUUAUUUAUUUAUUACCAAGAUUUCCUAUGCAAGGGCAAACUCUAUUGCAAAGAUGGUGGUAUUUGUUUGUUGUGUUUUUUUUCUAUAUAGUUACUUGCCUUUGAGCUUUCCACAUAUCAGAUAAAGAUAGAUAAAGCAAUGACAGACAGAGGCAAGGGAAGUUACUUAUUAGGUAAUACUGUGAGACCCUUUCCUAAGAUCAACAAAUUCAUUUUCUGUACUGUCUACAUUUCUUUUAACUUCAGCUGCGAGAAUUUGUUGUUGAAUUUGGUGCUUACUCAAUAAGGGCACUAAUUAACAAUUAAUUUGAGGGGGGGCACUUAUCAGAGGGAGGGCAGUUAUUGGAACAAGGGUGCUUGAUAAAAUCAUCACAGUAUAUGUAAAUAUCUAUUAUAACAUAGCUAGUAAAUUUGUCUAAUCAAAUUCAAUUGCGUCAACGUGCUUCAUAUUCCUAUUGUACACACUCAUGACGUCAGCAAACAAAUCCCUUGAUAAAAAAAAAUUUUCCAUUGGGUUGAAAAUGUUAUAAAACAAUUGGUUCAUGCGUCAGCUGUGUGUUCGUUGAGAUAU